GGUUGAGCCACAACCGUCCAAUCAGAGCUCGGGAAAAAAAUCGACCAAUCGCGUUAGCGGAUGCUGCAACGUGUUUCCUUCAUCUCGUUGCCGGUUACACGUGUCUGGUACAGAGGUGUAGCUGUUCUAGAAAAGUCAGCAUUAGGACCUCUCAGUAACAGUACAAUAGCACAGCCUGUGUGUGUGUGUGUGUGUGUGAGAGAGAGAGAAAGAGAGAGAGAGAGAGAGAGAGAGAGGCCACAACAUGGAGUCGUCUUCUCUCUGCUCUGUCUUGGCAAAAACUUCACGGCAACAUAAAGUCAAGAAGAAAAGCAACUGUGUAAUGAAAUGCCAGAAAAUUCGACAAGAGCUCAAAAGAAAGAGUGAGGUGUUGGAGCAUGGGUCCUCAUGGGGAGGAAAAAGGAUCAAAACCCAUUGUAAUACAAGUGAGUCCGAAUGUACAGGUUCACUGAGCGACACCUGGGAAGUGGACAGUGGUUUCUCAUCAGAGUUCAGUCCUCCCGCCAGCGGCCGGAGUUCUCCCUGUGUUUGGGUUCAGCCCUCCAUGCUGCUAUCCAUGGACUGUGAGAUGGUGGGGACAGGCCCGAAUGGACAGUUUAGUGAACUUGCCCGCUGUAGUUUGAUAAAUUACUCUGGAACAGUGGUCUAUGACAAGUAUGUCCUCCCCCUUCGGCCUGUCACAGACUACCGGACACGGUGGAGUGGCAUUAAAGAGGAGCACUUGAGAAAGGCUUUGCCCUAUGAAGAAGCAAGAAAUGAGAUUUUGCAGAUCAUUAAAGGAAAGAUAAUAAUUGGUCACUCCUUGUGUCAUGACUUUGCGGUCUUGGGAAUCAGCAUACCAGAUCACAUGGUUCGAGACACUUCUUCAUCGCAUCUGUUGCAACAGCUGUAUGGUCCUACUAGCGGACGCAUGUCUCUUAAGAAACUGGCAAGAAGUCUUCUCAACAGAAAAAUACAGGUUGGCAACACUGGUCAUUGCUCUGUGGAAGAUGCUCUUGCUGCUCUAGACCUCUACAAGCUGGUGGAAGAGGAGUGGGAAAAAAUUUUCCAGCCUCAAUUCCAAAAUUCAGAUUCAGCCACUGAAACGUUUUCUCUGGAGCACUACAUGCAGGACGAAUACUGGCCCGAUAGUUUACCAGAAUGAGAAAACGUACAGCAUAAAAACUUGGACUGUAAUCUUACUGAACUUGUAUAAGUCCACCGUGUGGGCUGUUGGCAGAAUUUCUUGUUGUGAAUUUUUAGGAGACCUCGGGUAUGUGCAAGUGAUAGCCAGCUUCACUACAAACUAUUUUAUAGAAAUUAAACUGUUUAAUGGCCAUUCGAGGUAUUCUACCAUUUGAAUGGUCCAAAACAAACAGUUUUUGUGCAUCUUCAUAGUUGUCUUUGUUCUCACACACAAGAACCUUUAGAUUGGUAUAAUGCACUUGAUAUUACUGGAGACAGCAAUAGCUACGUUUGCCUUUGUAAUGACAAAUGCUCUUAUUAUUACCUCUAAACUGCCUUGUGCAGACUGAUACUUGUUCUUAAAUGAAGUCACAGGAUUCUUAGGACAUUGUUUAACUCACAAAAUUGGUAAGAAUAGCUGUGAGUAACUCCAAUGUGGCUCAGUAUAUGCAUAUUUAUAUAACUUGUAUAUAAAUUAUAUACAGUAGAUCUUGUUCACAGUAGUCUUGUUUACUGUGCAUAAUCACUGUGACA